AUGCUUCGUUUCUUUACACACGUGCUUCUUGGCGCCACCGCCAUUGUCUUCGCCGCUACUCCCCCGGGCUUCCGGCCGUCGACUGACAAAAGCUUGGCUGUCGCCUACGGAAACAUUUCGGCACUGAACGGCGUAGACUUGCCUCAAGCCUUAACUCGGAAUGAGCCCAUCUUUGGUACCACUGAACCUCUUGUAGGCACGAGCUUCACGAUCAUCAUGGUUGAUAUUGACAUUCCGACCGAAAACCCUCCCGCCACGGACACUUACCUGCAUUGGUUUCGGACGGGUUUUGUCCAGGACUCAUCUCCUACUUUGUUGAGUCUCAACAAUGGCUCUGCUUAUUCUAUCUACCAAUUCCGAUCAAAUCACGGUGAUCAGGCGCACUACGUUAGCCCGGCACCGCCGGCUAAAACCCCUCUCCGGCACCGAUAUGUUGAGAUCCUGGUCGAUACUUCCAACAUCUCGGGGGAGGCUGCAACCAUUAUGGGGGGUGUCGCGUCGUUGAAUCGUAAGGGUGUCAAUGUGGAGGGUAUCUUAACGCAGGCGGGGUUGAUUGAUAAGGUUGUGGCCGGUAACUGGUUCACAAUCACCAAUCCUGGGCCAGAGGAGAACUCCUGA